GUCUAGUCAAUGUAAUUGUGGCAGCCUUUCUAUUUAAUCCAAGACCAAAAAGCCAGAAAGGCUUUGAUUUCUAUGCAAAGUUGAGAAAAAGGAUUUUUCCUUUUUUGUGUGGUGCUAUAAAGGAAAAAACACUACACACAGAGGCUUAGCAAAUGAACCAUGAAGCUGAGCCUGGUGCAGAGGUUGCUACUAAUGGGGAUAUUUUUCUCUGGGUUAUGGACUCAAGAGACAUCAGGACCCACGAAUUUAGAGUGCUUGGGGAACUUUCUGAGGAUAACACUGAGUGCAGAAUACUUUGAAGACAAACACUUAUCUCUUUUUCUUAUUGAUCAGUCUGGCACAGCCUGGGAGCUUGAUGAGGCCAUGGCAGCACAGUGUGGCUACACAGUAACUUACACCACCUGGAGGAGCAUUGAGUUCCGUGCUUCUGCACUGAGCUGCCAUUCUCACUUAAAGGGAGAUGUAUUCACAGUAACUAUACAAAUCAAAGCAUCUCAUACUCCUGAUAUGAGUGAUGCUGCAACUCAUCUGAAAACUGCAAGUUGCCAUUAUGGUCCAUGGAGUCCCAGGGAGUUAAUAUGUGAAAGUAACUACAUGGAGGUUUCUGUCAGGAGGGAGGUUCCACAGACAAUAAAAGACUUUGUUCAAGAUGAACCUGAGGACUGGACUCUUGUAUUUCCAGAAGCAAAGGCAGAAGAAGCUUCAAUAUGGCAAAUAGUAUUUCAUCAGCCAGAAGAAAAAAGCGCUCUGCUUGUGAGAAAUGCUUGGAGUGCAGGCUAUGGACUCAACACCACAGGCUCCAGGGUUCUGCUGCGAGUGCCAUACACUGCUGCCCAAGUUCAGCUGGUCAAGGAUCAGGGAAUUACCUUUUCUGUGCUGAGGUCAAGUACGUUUUACAAAUACCAGUGGGUGAUCCUGAUGCUGGAUACUGCUGUAGCAUGUCCCAUAGAUGGUGUGGAUUACACAAACAAAACAAUCACCUGGACUGUUCCAAAGUAUAUUCCACCACUCUCUGCUGGAGUGACUAGCUUUAAAGAUGUGCUUGUGGAAGCUGGUGUGGAUCUACACAAACUCUCUGCCAAGGAAAUGGCUUCCAGGAAAUACGUGUUAUUGAAUGAGCAAAAAGCAAUUACAAUGAAGAUUCCAAUAGGUGCAGAAGGUGGUUAUUAUAAGACUUCUGUGAGCAAUGGACAGCUUGGGCUAAAAUACACCAUCAACCUGUUCCUGGAACACCAGUGGGAAGACAACAAAUGGAGACUAACCAAACAUACUAUUAUCAAGGAAAUAGAAACACCAUUUGAACAAACAGAAGUUGCUAUAACCAAUAAUUUAAAUCUGAGUGCAAGGCUAAUGAAUGUUACAGUUGGAACAUUCCUCCCAGAUGUUGAGCUUGUGAAUUUAACCAUUGAAGGGGUUGCUGUGGCUGUACCCGAAGCUGUUCAGCAUGGCUACCUAAUACACAGGACCAGAUAUGCUAAUGGAAGCAAAGCAUAUGUAGUAGAAGUCCCACUUGAUGCACCAAGUGUUAAAAAAGAGUACAUGAGAGAGGACAUGAGAGCAUACACCCUGAAUGUCACUCUCACAUUCGUCACCAAUCCAUCAAGUGAGACCUUUGUCAUCCCAGUAAUUGUGCUGUCAGCUGUGAAAGAUGCAGUACUGCCCAGUGCAAGAGGGUUUUGUGAUGGGAGGAAUCUUCAUCUCAUUAUCACUCAUGGGAAUGUGGACCAAAACUGGCUACCUUUCACCUCAGACUCACACCUGACCCAAGAGGCUGCACAGAAGAACAACUACAUUCUGAGGGACAAUGGCACUCACCUGGAAAUCUCUGUCCCUUUCCUUUCUCCCCAUGUGAGCUAUGAGGGCUUUCAUACCUCUGCAAUAAAGGCUUCAUUCUACUUAACCUUGAAGGAUGGCAUCACCUUGGCUCAGAGGAGAGAUUUCUCAGUUUCCUGCAUAUUUUCACCUUCAGAACUAAUACAGUGCCUGCCCAAUGGCACUGUGAUAAUUACUGCAAUCAAACUGGUAGGUGGUGAAGACCUGGACACUGCUCUGCUUGUCUUGAGGGACAGACAGUGCAAACCCAGUCUAGUGACAGAGAAGACAGCAACCUUUAAGUUCAGUGUGAACACUUGUGGAACAAGCAGAAAAUUCAACAGCACAACGAUGACAUAUGAAAACGAGGUACUCUAUUUCAGACCUGGCAAUGAUACACCCGUAUACCAACUGAAAUUUCUCUGCUCGUAUGCAGUCAAGCAGACUGCUGAUGUUCGAUAUGAAUCUAAGAAGAACCCACCACCCAGUAUUAAGCCAGGGUUUGGAUGUCUUGCUCUUUCAUUGAAGCUUUUCAAAGAGAAAUCCUAUUCAGAGCCCUACCAGGAAUCAGAAUAUCCUGUGGUAAAAUACCUGAGGGAGGCUCUGUAUUUUGAAGUUGAACUGCUCCAGCCUAAAGAUGCAAGACUGGACCUAAACCUGGAUGACUGUUGGGCUACCAACUCCCAAAGCCAGGACAUCCUCCCCCAAUGGCACAUCCUUAUACAUGGAUGUGAAAACAACAAAGACUCGUACAGAACUGUCUUCCACAAAGUUAGUUACAGCCUCAGAGUAAAAUUUCCUCAGCACUUCAAGAGAUUUGAAGUGAGGAUGUUCACCUUUGUCCAGGACCCAUCUCUGUUACAAGAGCAGCUGUAUUUCCACUGCAGUGUGGUGAUCUGCAACACUAAGCAACAGCCUUUAGACAUUUUUUGUCCAAGGAGAUGCAGUCCUGGGAAGCACAGAUUUGCCCACAGUGCACAUCCACAUGGGCAAGUGACAUCUGGACCAGUGCUUGUUAGGAAGAAAAACAAUAAAUAGAGGUGGAUGCACCAACUUCUGACAGACUAAACAAGAACGACUUUGUUUUACAAAAAUAGAUUGUCAAUGUCUACAAAGAAAAGGGUCAGCUAGCCAGUAUUGGGUGUACCUCUAAAUUAAAUUAUUGUGUUGUUCUUUGCUCCUCUACAGCAUUAAACUCUUCGUCAUUUGUGUGUUCAUCUGACCUUGUCUGCUCAGCUAACAUGUCUGAAACUUGUGUUGCUUUGCAGUGGAAGCAUCUGUUCUGGAAUAGGGGAGGAAGAUAGCAACAGGUGUGAACUUAAUUGUAAAUCACUUCAAGCUUUUUUUAUUUUUAAGCUUCUGUGUGAACAAAGGACUGCAGGGAGCUUAAUGUCAGUAAAAGAAUGUGGGGUUUUUUGGAGGAAGAUGGGAAGAACCUCCUUGACCCUGUAGUGGCUGUUGACAGAAAGGCUGUAAACUGUGAUUCUUACAGGAGUGUUGUGGCUUUGUAAUGUCAAGCUGCCUUCCCUAGGUGGGUCAAAUCACUCACAGGUGACAUCAGUGACUGCUUAGCUGAGUAUCCUGUCAGCCUAAAUGUGAACAAUUUUUAGUGAAGACUUGUAAUAAUGAGAGUACAUGGACUCUAUCUGCAAACUUAAGGAUUUUUCCUUAUUAGAGAAUGUGAUUCUUAGGGGUUCCUGUCAGAUUUUCCUUUGUGUGGUUUUUUUUGUGGUUUUUUGUGGUUUUUGUUUGUUUGUUUGUUUUUUUUUUUUAAAAUGGGUAAAAUAUUUCUUGAUUUCUUCUUUGUGUCUGAACAGUGGUGUGAAAAGUGUUUGGAUUCAAUAUUGUAUUUUCCUGUUCUAAUGAAAGCCACUGCUUAGCAUGAAUCUUGAUCCCUUAGGGGUAAAUACACAAAAAUGGGUGCCUGCUUUUUAACUUUAGAUUGAAGAGAACAAUACAGUAGGAAAUUUCAGUGAAAGCUAACUUAAGCAAGAACAUAUUUUGUGAAUCUAUCAGCACAGUGAGACAGCAUGGAGUAGAAAAAAUUGCAUCUCUGUUGUUGCCUAUACAGAGGUCCCACUGAAGUUUGUGCUGUAAGUGCUACUCAGGUAAGUCUUGUUUAUCUUCCAGUUGUCUGAGAAGUGUAUCUGUAGUAGAUGUCUUACUUUCAUUUCUGGAAAAAUCUGUGUGAGCUUCGUGAUGAGGAUGAUGAAGACUAAAGCCAUGGAGCUGUGAUACUGAGGAAUAUCAACAUGCAAAUAGCAGGACUUGGUAGUGCCCAGUGCUUCCCCUGCAUUCACCCACUGGUGUGAGGACUGGGUAAUCUCAGUCUACAGGCAAAAUGCAUUAAGAAAUCAAGGGAGGCACUUUUAUUGUGCUGCCAGGGUUUUGCACCUAAGAGAACAUAACUAUGGGUGCUUUAAGUGGUGUGGUGACUUCCCUGUGUCUUAGAUCGUGCUGUUUCCCCAAGAAAUUAGAGUGGUAAGCAGUGUUUUCUCCAGCUGAGUGAGUGACAAUCAUCAUCUGCCUUCACAGUCCUCCAGCACAGGCUGCCUUGAGGAGCCUGAGGCACCUUCUUUCUUACGUUUGUGUGAGGGGGAAGUGUAACAUUUAGUGACGUCUGUGAGAACCAAGCCUGGAGUUGAGCAGCCUAUUUCAGUACUGUGAACUCUGUCUUGGUUGUGACUUCCUGGAUUUUCACUUUUUUCUUCAGACCAAGACUCAAGGACAUCAUGUGGCAUAGAAAACUGGUGUUUAUGAUCUUGUCUAAGACACCUUCACUUUUUUUUCAUAAGCUUAGUCAACACCUUGAAAUGCUUUAUCUGUUGGUGGGCUUUUAAGAGUUGUAGAAAAGCGAGGUGAUGCCCAGGUACACGGUGGUUCUACUCUUCAGCACUUCUAAAAGCUUUGUUUAGUGCCAUUUUGAAGGAUGAGUUAUGUAAAGAAUCACCUUCUCUAUUAACCUUUCUGAUAUGUGGGAAAAUUCAAGGACAUUUCCCUCCAUGGCUGGACAAGGAUUUAUAUAAAGCUUCUUGUCAGAUAUUUCAACAGCCUGUGAGAUACAAAAAAUCCAUUUGAAUAUCAGUAAAUUUUCUAAAGACAUGACAGUAAUACUCUCUCUACCUCAGUGGAGUCUGUUUAUACUAAAAUUCAGGAACUGCCUUCCUGGUUAUAUAUGUAUAAAAAAAUCUUCAAGUGUUUUAUCAACACCUCUUUGCCUUUAUAGUGGAUAUUUUAUGACCACAUGCUUUUCCCCUGGUAUUUGGGAUGUUAUUUUUA